AAAAUCGCGGAACCUUCCUUUGUCGCGUGACAAUAGCCAUCGGAGACGGGAAAUGAGUCGCGGAUCUCAACUCGACUCCGGUGGUGCUAGCAAUUUCCAUAGACAGAAAUCGAAUUAAAUCGAUCCUGUUGCGCGAAUAACGCGCGAAUAAGGAGUGGGCAUAAGGAGAGCACGGAAAAUUUGUCCCGUGCCCAUUUGCGCCGGGUCUCUCGUUAUUAUUUCCACACGGACACGUCCGUUUCCGGGCGUGCAUAGUUAAAACGCUAAAAAAAGCGACACGUCGGUAAAUUAGAUUUCUGUCCGUGUACACGGACGGGAGUACAAAGGGUCUGUUGUCACACACGGACGGUGCGUUAGAUCGUUUGGGCAACUGUCAGUCGGUCUCCGUUGGACUCGGCGCAGCAAGAUAUCUUCGCGUUUUUAAAUGUGAUUUUACGAGGCGAUUUAUAUUUAGAUAUUAAGGACAUUUGUGAUAAACGCACUUAGGAUGGCUCAUAGCUCUCAAACCUAUGGAUCUACGGAUCAUCGAGCAGAUGUACCUGAUAUAGGAUUUAGUCCUACUGAACUCUAUAGUCUCAGUGAAAAUAUUACCACUAACAUAUAUACGAUUAACACAAGUUGGAGAACCCUGGAAAAGGCUUAUAAAAACAUUGGAACCAACAAGGAUAGUCAAGGCUUAAGAGACAAAGUACAUGUAACCCAGUUGAGUACCAAUCAGGUGGUCACGCAGACAAGCAAAGACAUAGCUAGACUAACAGUAUUGAUGAGACGUGGGGACAAGCAACAAAAAUUACAAAUUGAGAAACUUACUACAGACUUUAAAGAUGCAUUACAGAGAUAUUCCUAUAUGCAGAAGUCAAUUGUGGAGAAAAUGAAGAGACAUAUUUUAACUAUAUCUAAUAUAGAAAAUACAAUGGAUGGAGACGAUGCCGAUGAGACACAAAGCCUGCUUUUAGCACAGGAACAGCAGCAUAGAUCCACACAAAGAACGCUUGAAUUUCAACAAGGACUACUGUUAGAGAGAGAAGAGAGAAUAAAGCGAAUUGAGGGAGAUAUUUUGGAUGUAAAUCAAAUUAUGCGCGAGCUUGCAGCAUUGGUGCAUCAGCAGGGUGAUACUAUUGAUACAAUCGACAACCAUAUAGAAAAUGUGCAUGGCAACGUUGAACUGGGAGCGCAGGAACUGGUGAAGGGAAGUAAUUACCAAAGUAAAUUUCGUCGAAAAGUCUAUAUCUUGAUGUUACUCGCGAUUAUAGUUGUCAUUGUAUUAAUUGUUAUUCUAGUCACUAAAUUAAGUUAGCGCCCCUAGCCUUCGUGAUUCUUGCGAGAAGUUAAACGAAAAAGGUUGUCUCAAUCUGCUUCACGAAUUGUUUAAAGAUAAACAACCUCCUCCAAUAUAAUAUUGUUUCGCCCAUUUCUCUCAGUAUAUUGGAAAUCUAUAAUACGAGGAGAGUAUAUAGACUUAUUUUAUAAUCUGCUUACGAAUGUAUUACUAUCUUCCGCGCGCGGAGAUGUUAGCCAUUUUCAGAUUUUAUAAAAACAGUAUUUAAUAAUUUCAUACGUAAAAUAUGAAUUUUUAUAGGCUUUUUUAUUCUAUAUUUUUUGCACUCUAGCUGAUUAUUACAAUUGCUGAGGAAAAUAUGGGAGCGUUAGCACUGGCUUAGUAACAUUCUUGCCAAAUUAUACUUAUAUGUGUCUCAUAAUAUCGUGAUACUUCUUUCAAAUAAUUUUAUAUUCUGAAAACAUUAAUUCCAACCCCAUUUUUUCAUAAAUACUAUAUUGAUGGUUUGCAUGAGAAGAAACUUUACUAUAUCAUAAAUAUCAAAUGCUUUAAACAUAUUAUUGUUUUGUAUCACUAUUAUAUCAUAAUAGUGAUGUUUCUGUCAACUAAAAACCGACAAAGACUUUCAUUAAUAUUGUUUUAAUACUUUGCAAUUAUAUAUUUCACUAGCAUUACAUAUUAAUUCGGCUGUAUAUGAUGCGUAUUUUUAGUCAAAAUCUAUUUACUCAUGCCUAAUAUCAUGUGAAAAAAUAACUUUAUAAAAGAGAAGAAGAAUCUACCAACAGAUUUAUAAACAGAGAGAAAAGUAUGAUCAAGAAAGUAUGAUCAAGAAACUGCGCAAUUUAAAUGUUACAAACUUAUUGCUGCCACUAUAGAUGCCAAUAACCAUUGGCCAUAUAAUUCAUUGAACGUGUAUCUAGUGUGGCAAAUAUUAUGAUGAAUUUAUAUAGAUAAUGCAUAAAAAUCGUAUUGUUAUGCAUUUCCCAAAUUGUAAUUUUAUGUCUAUUGUAUAUUUCUUUAUACGCAUUAAAACUGAUAUCUUUAUUGCUGUAUAUCUUAUUUAUGUAAUAAAUGUAAUCCCAAUUUUAUUGAAAAUUACCAGCAAUUCAGGCACUAAUUGAUUCCUUGCAGAUAAUGGCUUAGAUCAUGUUGAUGCUUAUCAUACGCUAUAAACAAUAACACUAUAAACGCUAAUCUACGGUGAUCAUAAAUCAUUAUCAUGUUUAAGAAACAUUUCGACUAUCGAUUUAUCGUGUAAACUCGUUAUAAAUUAAUGUAUUAAAUAUGUAUUUACUGCGUUCGUGUAUGUAUUGUGAAUAAUAUCUUCACAAAAACUUUUCAGAUAAAUUAAAGCGCUGUGAAUAUAGUACGGGAAUUUUUCUAUGCAAAUAGUAUUCAUUUUCGUACUAUAUUUUUUAUGUAUUUCAAUAAAUUACACGAGACAGCUGUCAUAUAUGUUGCAUCAGUAUGAAAUAACAAUUGUCUUAAUGUCUGGAUCUUUUCUUUAAGAUUUGGGAUAUUAUCGCGAGUUUAAUUAAUCACAAUGCUUCUUCAUAAUUAUGAAUAAACUUCAUAAUUAAAGAGACGACGCUUAUUUAAGAUUAUAUAUUAGUAGGUAUGAGAUGGAGGACAAAUUUACUCGAUUGAGACAGCCAUUUUCUUACAACUAUUCGAUUCUUACAUGAUUAUUUUAGGCAUUCCGGAUGCUAAAAAUCCAACAUAUAAUUAAGGUUAUAACCUGAAUAUUGUAUAUACAACUAAUCAUUAACAUCACUUAAAUAAAUAAUACGAUGGCAUUGAUAUCAA